AUGUUUCUAGAUGAAUUACCAGAAAAAAUCAAGGAAAUCACUUUGGAUGACAUUAAUUGGGUAUUGACAGUUCCCGCCAUAAGGGAUGACAAAGCAAAGGAAUUUAUGGCCAUGGCUGCAGAAGAGGCAGGUAAACCAGAAAAAAGUUUGAUUCUGGUGUAUGAACCAGAGGCGGCAGCUCUGUUUUGCAAGCAUACACCUUUCUCCAAAGAAGCGUUGUCAGGGAGAGACGAAAGUAUCUUCUCCGAAGGAUCAAAGUUUAUGAUCUUAGACUUAGGAGGUGGAACGAUAGAUAUUACUUCACACGAAGUUAACUGCGACGGAAGACUAGAAGCCUUAGUUGAGCCUUCGGGUGGUCCAUGGGGAGGGGUAUUAGUAGAUGCAAACUGGUACAAACUAUUUGAAGAGCUAUUUGGGUCUGAUGUAGUAAUCGAGUUGUGCGAGGACUUUACAGAAAAACUUGACUUGGAUCGUCUUAUUGAAUUAAAGAAAAGAGUCAUUCAACCUUCUGAUGCAGAACUUACCAGAAUAAAACUUCCAUCAGUUUUAUUUGAUAUUUUUGCUGAGAAGAACGAACAUGUUUCUUUUCAUGAGAAACUGAAAGAUAGAGCUGUCAUAUUUGGUCACUGCCAAAACUUUAUCAUGUCACAUAAAUUGCCGAAUUCCUAUGGUGUUAGCACCAAUGUUCCUUUUGAUGUGAAUAUCCAAAGGGAAGAUUUUAAGGUUAAAGAGAGAGACGGGAGUUUGAUGUGCUUUGAUGUGUUCCAUCCUUUGGUCAGAAAAGGCGAGAAGAUAGUUGUGAAAGAAACAACAAUCACGAAAGAGUUUCGCUCCCAUAGGCCAGGAAUGAGCCGUGUAUCAGUUGACAUAUACAAAACUCUACAAGAUAUAUAA